UAUAUAUAUCCAUUUCCAAAAAUAAAUUUAGUCACAUUACAAAAUUGUAAGUUUUUUUUUUUUUUUUUAAUUCUUAUUAUAUAUAUGUAGCUCUAUUUAGAGAAUUAUAGAUAUUAUGGUUAGAAUUAUGGCUAGGAGAACAAUGGGUCAUCGCAUUUUAACGUGCGAUAAACCUGAAUUUGUGUCGAUUUCCGGCGACCCCUUAUCGAUGAAUAUUUUGGAUACAGUGUUUGGUUUUUUCGACCACGAAUCGCCGAGAAUUAUCGAUGUCGAUUUUCGUAUCGAAAACGAGGAGGAUGAUGAGGAUGAGGAAGAAAAUGGAGAAUCUGAAAAUGUUGAAGGUAAUCAAUUUUGGGAAACUCAACAUAAACUUUUACAAGGUGUACUAUACCGAACUACUACUUUAGAAUCACAAAUUCGAAGCAUUACAAAAGAUACAAUAAAAGAAGCAAAUGGAAUUACAUGCCGUUGCCGGAGUCCGGCGGAUGACGGCUGCCGGGAUUGCCUCAUGAAGGCGGUUUGCAACCGUCUGCAAAUUGUAGGGUUCAACCCUGCAAUUUGCAAGUCGAAAUGGAAGAACUCUUCAGAUAUUCCAUCAGGUGAACAUACAUUCAUAGAUGUGAUCGACUCAUCAAAUCCUAAAAAAGGAGAAGUAAGAGUUAUCAUCGAGUUAAAUUUUCGAGCAGAGUUUGAGAUAGCACGAGCAUGUGAAGAAUACAAUCGAUUAGUAAAAAAUUUACCAGAAGUAUUCGUUGGAAAAAUCGAGAGAUUACUAUCGUUGAUCAAGAUUUUGUGUGAGGCAUCCAAGAAAUGCAUGAAGGACAAGAAAAUGCACAUUGGACCGUGGCGUAAACAAAAAUACAUGCAAGCGAAAUGGCUCAAAUCGCGCGAGCGUGUGGAGGCGGCCAAGUUGUUGUACUCGUCUGAUGUGGACGAGUACCCUAGCCGUCCGCCUACACGGCCAAGGGCUUCCAUGCUCACGGUCGAUUUGUUGGAGAAUUUGCCAAGUUUACCUCUCAUCACGGCCGUGGAAGUAGCGUGAUAGUGCCAAUAGGACCUAUUCGGGGAUAACACUCCCUAUCAAGGAUUUUUUUCAUAACCAGGCUGUAAAUCGAGAUUGGGGGAGAAGCUCCAUCUGCUACACUAUAUCCUUUGGUGAUUAAGUUUUGUUAAUUGAUGUUAUACAAUUGGAAAAAAGUUACUAUUAUAUUGUAUUCGAUAAUUAUCUUGAUGAAAGGAGUUGUUUCAUGAGGUA